CAUGAAACGGUCGGAGCUCCGAGGUAGAAACCUCGGAUCUCGCGCGUCGUUGUCGUCAACGAUCGUCGCUUCGAAUGUUAGCGGCGAGUACCUGAUGAAGGUGGCUAUCGGCACGCCGCCGGUGGAUGCACUGGUCAUCGCCGACACCGGCAGCGACUUGAUUUGGAUCCAAUGCGAGCCCUGUAAGAGCUGCUUCGAUCAACCCGCCCCGGUUUUCGACCCGGCGAAAUCGUCCACUUUCCGGCACGUGCCGUGCCAGUCGCCGGACUGUCACGGUUCGGCCGACACGACCUGCGACGAAACGAGCAACACGUGCGAGUACCGCGUCGCGUACGGAGACAAGUCCCGCAGCUCCGGGUGGCUGGCCAGGGAGAGUUUAACGUUAGGGGCGUCGAAAACGGCGGCGCAGGAAAUCGUGUUCGGGUGCGGGUUUGAAAAUCAGGGCACCUAUGGGGAGGGGUCUGGGAUGCUCGGCCUGGGAGGGGGAAAUCUAUCGCUGAUUUCUCAGUUGCGCCCAUCAAUCGCCGGCAAAUUUUCCUACUGUUUAGUCCCAAUGACAAAACCCGGCGUCCCCAGUAAAAUCAAUUUCGGCGAUUCCGCCGUCGUUUCCGGCGCCGGGGCGGUCUCGACCCCGCUGGCCGCCACACCCGACAAAACAUUCUAUUACGUAACACUAGAAGGAAUCAGCGUCGGGAAAACCAGAAUCAAAUUCAACGACUCCUCGAAUGCCGAGUUCUUCAACAAGGAAGGGAACAUCAUCGUGGACUCCGGAACAACGCUGACGUAUCUCCCCGGCGACGUCUACGCAGCCGUGGAGUCUGCGGUCCGGCUAGAGAUCAACACGGCCACCAUCGCAGACCCGCCCGGCGUUCUGAAUCUCUGUUACGACGCCGCAUCCCUGCCGCCGGAAAAGAUUCCUAGUAUCACCUUGCAUUUCAGAGGAGCCGACUUGACGUUGGAAAGCACAAACACUUUCGUCCCGACAUCCGAUGUUUCUCUCUGCUUUGGGUUUUCCGAGGAUGGGAUUAAUCAACCGAUUCUUGGAAACAUAGCGCAGAUGAAUUUUCUGGUGGGCUAUGAUCUGGAGAAGAUGACGGUGUCCUUUAAGCCCACUGAUUGCUCGUCUGAUGGUUCCUCUGUCCAGACGAAAACAAUAAUUAUUCUUCUUAUUUUUUUAAAUUUUAUUUUUUACAUGAGUUGA